AUGGCAUCAACGCUAAUUCUGCUGGCCGCACUUGGACUCGGUAUUACUUGCAUCCAUCUGCUCUCUAAUUGGACAAAGUUGAGCAAAGCGCCCGGGCCGUUCCUCGCCGGCGCCACCGAUCUCUGGCGAGCUUACCUGCAGUACAACGGGAAACUGAGACAAAAACUUAUAGACUUACAUGCCCAGUGUGGUCCAGUCGUGAGAUACGGCGUGCGCAGCGUCAGUAUCAGUGACCCGGAGGUUAUAAAUGCGGUCUACGGGAGCCGGGCGGGCUUCAUCACGGCAGAUUCGUAUAAGGUACUAGUGGGGAUUCAAAAUGGCAAAGAGGUGCCCAGUCUGGUGAGCACGGCCGACGAAGGUCGCCAUGGCGCCUUGCGACGAUCUGUGGCCAACGCCUUCACGCCCACCGCCGUGCUGAAAUACGAGCACUGGAUCGAUGCAACCAUCUCUGAGCUCUUCGACACGAUGACGAAAAGGUCAAUGUUCGACCUCUCAUCCAUGAUUCUAUACUACACCAUGGACGCAGCCGGGCGGUUUUCAUUCGGCGAGCCUCUAGGGUGUCUCGCGGCGGAAGACGAUGUGGGCGGCUCAAUCCAACUCAUUCGCGACCGCUUUAAUCACUGGGGAUGGUGGUCAUCCAUUCCACAGUUGGAGCGACUUGUAUUUCGCAAUCCCCUCGCUAUGCGCCAGAAACGAGCGCCAUCCAGCAUGGCGGCAGCCGCUGCGGCAAAGCUGCAGGCGAGAGCUGGGAAGGACAAACAUGAUAUCGAGCAUACAGACUUACUUCAGAGGUUCUUGGAAGCCAGCCAAGAUCAUCCGGAGGCUCUGAACGCCUCAGGAAUCACAGGCAUGCUGAUGUCCACCAUUUCAGGAGCUGGUGAUACGACGGCUACGACGGUGACGUCCGCGCUUUACUACUUACUUAAGAACCCUGAAUCUCUCAAGAAGCUCGAGGACGAGCUGUCACAAGCCGGCUUGUCCGAGAUUCCGGCUUUCUCGGAAGUAAGCAAGUUGCCAUACCUCAAUGCCGUCAUCAAGGAGAGCAUGCGGGUUUUCUCCACAGCGACCUGGCCGAUGGAGCGUUUGGUCCCUGCUGGAGGCGUCACCAUUGCCGGCAUGUUCUUUCCCGAAGGGACAAGUGUAGGCUGUCUGCCAUCUGCGGUACACCAAAAUACCAAGGUCUUUGGUGAGGACGCCGACACCUACCGUCCGGAGCGCUGGCUCACUGCAGACCGCGAGCAGCUGAGACAGAUGGAAGCCACACAUAUGGGCUUUAGUCGGGGCCGUCGCGUGUGCUUGGGCCAGAACAUCGCUAUCAUGCAAAUGAAGAAAGUCAUACCCGCGCUGGUCAUGAAAUUCAAGUUUGAGUUGGCGAAUCCUGAGGCAGUUCUGGAAGCUGACUUCUCUCCAGCUGUGGCUUGCUUGAAACCACUACUAGUUGAGAGGAAAAACAGGUGGCUCGGUGUUCCAGAAAACAGCUAG